AUGAAUAUUGUCAAAAGCAGUCGUUUUACCUGGGCUUUUGUUCCGAUCACUCGCCUCCAGGCUGCGAAAUCCUGCCAAGCACCUGAUCCUAGUGCCGCUGCUUUGAAUCAGCCGCCAUCAACAGAGGACCUGCUUCACGGCAGCUGUGGUGAGGAAGCUGCAGCGGGGCUUUUCUGUGGUGGAAACCACGGUUCUACCGCUACUCUUGGCAAGCACGUGUGCACAGCCCACAGCCUGAGCGGCUGUGCCAGACGCGUCGCCCGCCUCCACGGCGGCUGCGCUGGUGUCGCCGUGUGUGGUUGCGCUUCACGCCGAAUGACUGCUGGAGAUCCCACCAGACGCUCAGUGCAACCGCCCCUCUGCAGGCCCCACACCUGUUCGAUUAAAGGGGUGACGAAAGCCCAACUGACCAGGAGGAUUGGGCUGCAUUCAAGGGAACCGCCAAACCCUUGUUCGGCUCUCGACCUCAUCCUGGAGCUGUUGGGGACGCCAUGA